UGCAUCGUCCUCAUGUGAGUGCACAUAUAAGGAACGUGAAACCACGGUUCACGUUCAUCCUAUCGAGGGGAGGCUAACCCGAAGCCCUUGAGAGAAGCGUCUAUGGGAGCAGAGAUACGCACGGGAACGCUUAAGUGAACAACCAAUGGACACCGUGCCCGUCCAGGAGACCUCUCCUGCUGACCCUCCGCCAACAAUUGCUCUCUAGGCCGCGUUCUGGUUACUGUGUUCAAGGCCUGUCAUUUGGACCCUUCAAGAUGCGCGCGACUGUGAACUGCGAUAUGGGAGAGGGCUUUGCCCUAUAUACGAUAGGAGACGAUGAGUCCCUCAUGAAGACGAUCCAUAUGGCCAACAUCGCAUGCGGAUUCCAUGCAUCUGACUUCAAUAUCAUGAACAAGACCGUACUCCUGGCCAAGGAGAAUGGUGUGCUUGUCGGUGCACACCCAUCACUGCCCGACAGGCAAGGAUGGGGGAGGCGCGAGAUGGCCAUCGAACCCGAAGAGCUCGCGUCGUGCUUCAUUUACCAAGUUGGGGCAUUGACAGGCUUCCUAACGCUUCACGGCGUGGACCUAUACCACAUUAAACCUCACGGCGCUGUCUAUGGCAUGACUGCCCGUAACAUGGACCUCGCCCGCGCAGCAGUAGGAGUAGCCAAGACCUUCGGCGUCGCCUACAUGGGUCUUGCUGGAACAUGUCAUCAAGCUGCCUGUGAAGAGCUCGGAGUCCCAUUCAUUACCGAGUGGUACGCUGACAUGGAGUACGCUCCCGACGGCAAGCUCCUUAUAACCAAGAAACAUGACCCUAUCCCUCUCGACGUCAUCAAAGCCCGGGUCUCGAAGAUGCUCUCCGAAGGUCUAGUGACGACGAAAGAUGGUACCUUCUUGCCUUUGGGCACUAACAUCAAGAAUGUGUCUAUCUGCUGCCACUCCGACACACCUGGCUCGGUCGAGAUUGCACACCUCGUGAAGGCAAUGGUGGACGAACACAAUGCACAUUCAGGCUUUAAGAACUGAUUGCGGCGAAUGAAGUCAUGAGCUCCUUGUACAUAAUUGUAUCGCGUGUAGGCACCGGCUUGCGACGCCCUGCGUUCACAAAUAUUAUCACGUCCUUUCCCGCAGGC